AUUCCACAGCGCAUCACGAAGGUUCUGCCUCCAACAAACAUGGCGCACGAAGAGGCUAACGAAUACUUGCCUUCAGGAGCUGCAGAAGUUGACCGACUCAUCAAAGAAAACAGCGACUUGUUCUCUGACACUCAAUGCAAAGUAUGCAGCGCGGUGCUGAUCUCCGACUCUCAGAAGCUCGCUCAUUAUCAGAGCAAGAAGCAUGCAAACAAAGUAAGACGCUACAUGUUCAUCCACAAAGAGGACAGCACGCUCGUCAAAAGGUUAAAAACUUCCACUACUGAGUCGGACACCAUCGACGACCUGGUGGACCGCACCAAGGCCUGUCCCGUCUGCAACAUGACCUUCCACACGCCCGUCAUCGCCGAGUCACACUACCAGGGCAAGGUGCACGCCAAGAACCUGAAGCUGAAACUGGCCAACGCCAACACGCAAACGGCGUCACCUCAGGCCAAGACGCCACAGCAGACGAAGCCAGACGCGGGUCCGAAGCAGCAGCCACAGGCUCCAGCAGCGGUACAGGGUCCGGUACCGGAGGGCACCAUGACGGACCGGUUCUGCAGCCUGUGUAACGCCACCUUUAACAACCCACUGAUGGCCCAGCAACACUACGUGGGGAAGAAGCACCAGAAACAAGUGGCGAAGCCCAAAGCCAGCGUCCCCCACGCCACCGGUGACACAGCCAAGCCUAAGACCAUCGUCCCCCACAGCACCGCCCCGGGCCUCAAGGGUUACCCAUGCAAGGUGUGCAAGAUCGAGCUGAACUCGCAGAAGCAGUUUGAGGCACACAUCAGCGGCGCCAAACACAAAAACCAAGUGAAACUGAUGGGUGGAAGUCAGGCCCAGGACGGUGUGGCCGGCGAUGGUGAGGAGUACACACCGGCCAGAGAGGAGUUCAGCGGCAUCGGCGACGACUACGUCCCGGUACCGCUCGAGGAGUACUCAGCCAUGCCCCCUGGCAUCUGGAACAGCCAAUCAGAAGGGGGCGACGAGGAGUGGAACGGCGAAGAGGAUGUAGGCCUGCCGUUUGAGUAACGCUACGCUACGACGACAACAAGUUCAAAGAUCCAUGCACAGCUUCUAGGUGCUGGUAAACUGCGCAGGAGUAUGCAACACUUCAAAAGG